AUGGCUACCCCAUCUAAUCAGGCCCCGAAUGGACCGGCUACUCCUGUCUAUAUUCUUCGAGGCCAUGGUGCCCCAAUACACGCCCUGGAUAUCUUCUCCCAGAACCUGCGGCUCGUCUCCGGAGACGCCAACGGGUGGAUUGUUAUCUGGGACUUGGUCAGCAAACGCCCCGUAACAGUGUGGAAGGCUCAUGAGGGCGCGGUACUUGAAGUGAGAGGAUUCAACUACGGUGUCGGCGGCACAGAAAUUUACACACAUGGCCGCGACCACAAGCUCUGCGUCUGGAAGAUUCGAGCAGAGGACGAGGAAUUCCUCGAUAAGACUCUCCCAGUUGAUGCAGCUGAAGCGGGUAUCCUGGAGAAAAGAGCUCAGCCAUGGCUGCUUCAUUCAUUGCCUGUUAACGCGCUGAAUUUCUGCGCCUUUUCCAUGACGUCUAUCCACACGGAUAACUCACCAGAGCGUGCUCAGAUCGGACAGUCCUCUUUACCAAAAACCAUCCUCUUCGCUGUCCCUAACGCGCUGGAUUCUGGUGGAAUUGACAUCUUCCACCUUCCAUCCGAGCUCCGCCUCACCACUAUCGCGUCAGAUCCAUCCGUGAAAACAGGCAUGGUGAUGGUCGUCAACAUUUUCGUCGCUUCAUCAGGCGAUCUUUAUGUCGCAUCCGCCUACGAAGAUGGCCAUGUUAUGGUUUUCGUUCAUAAGGGACCUCUCACCGCGACAUGUUUCGAGCGGGGCAGUAUCGCUUCGAAUCCAUGGAAGUGGGAGAGGCUCUACGCCAGUCGUCCGCAUAGUCAACCCGUUCUUUCGCUUGAUGUUUCUCCUAAGCGUGACUGUUUUAUCUCUUCUUCUGCUGAUGCUUUGAUUAUCAAACACCCUGUUCCUGGACCUGGGACGAUCGGGAAUAUUCCUAUUAUCAAUUAUAAGGAGGAGUCGCCACUGAAAACGAUGAAUACGAAGCAUUCCGGACAGCAGGGCUUAAGGGUGCGGGGUGAUGGGAAGAUUUUCGCGACUGCUGGCUGGGACAGCAGGGUGAGGGUUUACUCGGGCAACACGUUGAAGGAGCUUGCUGUUCUUAAGUGGCAUAAAGAUGGUUGUUACUCGGUCGCGUUUGGGGAGGUUGAUCCAGGUUUACCACAACCAUCUUCAAUUGAUGCUGAAGAUAAUGCGUUGCAAGGGGCCGAUCUCUCGCUGGCCGCUGUUCAAAACCAACGAAGCAAGAAAAUACAACAGACACACUGGUUGGCAGCGGGGUCCAAGGAUGGGAAGAUUUCAUUAUGGGAUAUCUACUGA